UUUUGCUCCUGCUUCGAAUGCAUGGUCGGCCUUCAAAAUGAAGCUUAACAGCCAAGUGACUUCCUCGAGGAGAAAAAACCGAAAAGCCCAUUUUACCGCACCUUCGAGUGUGAGGAGAAAGCUUAUGAGCUCGCCUCUCUCCAAAGAACUGCGCCAGAAAUACAACGUUCGUUCCAUGCCCAUCAGAAAAGAUGAUGAGGUCCAAGUCACACGUGGUCAUUAUAAGAGCCAACAAGUUGGCAAAGUGAUUCAAGUUUACCGCAAGAAAUGGGUCAUCCACAUUGAAAGAAUCCAGAGGGAGAAGGCUAAUGGAGCUACAGUUAGUGUGGGAAUUCACCCAAGCAAAGUGGAGAUUGUGAAAUUGAAGCUGGACAAAGAUCGUAAGAAGAUUCUCGAGAGGAAGAACCGAUCUAAGUUGGCCGAGAAGGGAAAGCACACAGAGGAAGAGGUUCAAGCCAUGUCAACAGAAUAAGUGGCUCUGGAGAAAUGCUUUAAGCCAGAAGAUUAACCUCUUGAAUAAACCUCAAUAAAAUCUUUUGAGACUAAAGGAA